AUGGUGUCGAUUUCGGGUUACUUUGGUUGCAAUUGUUCCUUGCUCACGCUCUUCCUGGCUGCGCUGGGGCUCGUUCUGUGCGCGCCCGCACACGAGGCGUUCACUUCUAACGGUGUGGUUUAUCGGUACCAUGUCAGGACAACCACCGUAAAACCGCCUGUCACCAUCGUGCGGACAGUGUUCUUUACUGCCUGGGCGUCAGCGCCCCCGGGAGGGCAAGACAGCCAGGAGACACACACUUUAGAAGGGCCUAGCGCCACGACGAGCUCAGAGUCGAGCCCCUCUGCACUGGCGACCGCCGCGCCGCCGCCAGCCGAUCCGGUAAUGCCUACCUCCGGGCCGGGUUCCUGCGUGGCGUCCUACGAUGACACGGAGCCCUUUUCGACGAUCUAUCUGACUGCUGGUAAGGAAGAUGUUGGUGCAUAUACUACGCUCACGCGCACCAGGACGGUCAUUGUCUCUGUGGCUACGGUGUAA